GAUCAAGGCAUGAUACACAUUGUGAAACAGAGGACUUCAACACGACUGUACUGUAUACAAACUUUUUUCAGCAUUUCUCCCUGAAAUGGCAUUGUUGUUUCUGCUGGUGAUUUUGACAGCAUGUGCUGCCAUUCCUCAAGAUCUGUCAGGUAAAAUGUUCACCUUCCCACUAGAGACCAACACAGCUUCUGUGAGGCUGACUACAUCAAGACAGACUUUCAGUGCUUUAACCGUCUGUCUCAGGUCCUUUACAGACCUCCGCAGAAGCCACUCCAUUUUCUCUCUGGCCACACAGUCUGUUGACAAUGAUUUCCUCAUCUACUGGGAUAAUGCUGGUAAUGACAUUGACUACCACGUCAGGAACAAAUACACAAACUUUGGAGUGGAGUACAAGCUGAACAUGUGGCAAUCUAUUUGUUCUACAUGGGAUUCCGAGUCUGGAGUGGGGCAACUGUGGAUAGAUGGAAAACCCUCGAGUAGGAAAUUCAUCAGCUCUGAAACCAUCAGCGGGCCCAUCAUAAUUGUUUUGGGACAGGAGCAGGAUUCAUUUGGUGGGGGAUUUGACCUCCAGCAGUCUUUUGUUGGCAUGAUGUCUGAUGUUCACAUGUGGGACCAAGUUCUUACGCCCUGUGAGAUCCAGAACUACAUGGAUGAACUAAACUUCACUCCAGGGAAUGUGGUCAACUGGAAGAUGCAGGACUUCCAGAUUACAGGAAAAGUGCUGAUAGAAGAAAAACAAAAGAAUUGUCUCUAAAUCUUCAAAAAAAAAAACAAAAAAAAACCCCCCAAAAAAACAACAACUAUCAGUGUCUUGCAAAGUCAAAAUAUAAUGGAU